AGAUUGGCUUUGCUUACCCUGUCUGGGGGCCCAGCCCGGGAAGGGGCAGCCCAGGCGCCCCAUGGUCAAUGUACAUCUGCCUGGUUCCCCGGCCUUGAGCAGACGGAGCCGGGAGACAGGAGACAGGCUGUCUACCCCCCGGGGCUCCUGGGGAGCCAGGAGGGGCCCAGGCUGAGCUGGCCUGGAGUUUAUGAGGUGUCAAACCAGGCACAUUGUCCCUCUCGUCCACCCUGUAAAGCUCCCAGGGGCAGAGGCCUCCGGCAGGACGCACCUCUUCCCCCUUUCCACCAUCCUGGGCCGGGCACAGGGGUGCUGGCUGCAGCUCGUCAGCACUGUGCCCCUGUGCUGACUGCCCUGCUCUGCGCCAGGUUCUUGUGGGACGACUACGUGGUGGAGGUGCGGCUCAAUGACUACCUGGACGUCAUCUGCCCGCACUACGAGGAGGGCAGCGCAGGUGCCCACGCCAUGGAGCGCUACACACUGUACCUGGUGGAGCAUGAGGAGUUUGUUACCUGCAAGCCGCACUCCAAGGACCAGGUGCGCUGGGAGUGCAACAAGCCGAUGGCGCCACACGGCCCUGAGCGCUUCUCGGAGAAGUUCCAGCGCUUCACACCCUUCACGCUGGGCAAGGAGUUCAAGGAGGGGCACAGCUACUACUACAUCUCAAAGCCCAUACACCACCAUGGGGACACCUGCCUGAAGUUGAAGGUGACUGUGGUCGGCAAAGCCACUCAAACGCUGCCUACCCCCAUCCCCACGCAGCGGAGCAGGAUCCUGGCAGACGAUCCGGCACAGCAUGUCCUGCUGAGUGUGGGCCACAACACAGCGAUGCGCAGGAGCAGCCCCGUUGCCCUCCUCAGCCUCCUCCUUCCCCUUCUGGUGCUGCCUGGCCUGUGAGGCCCAGCCCGGCCCGGCCACAUGGACUGAGUGGCAGGACGGCGGAGGACAGAGUCCGCAGGACAGAGGAGCAGGCCCCACAUAGUGGCUGGCCUCCUGCGUCCGUGGAGCACGUGUGCAUGCCUCAUGCACACCCGUGCCUAGCCAGUGAUCCCCGCACAAGGCGGCAGCUGAGAACUUGUCAGUAUUAGGGGUCCGGGGACCCAAAGCUGAGCUGGAAGCUUCUGCCUCAGCCCUGCAGGGAGCAGUGGGACCCUGGGCAGGGAUAUAUUUACUCCCCUGCCAAAGAACAGAGACGGCAAACACUUCCUCCCCACACUGGAUAGUGCCCGUGGGCUGGCCUGGAGGAGCCACCUCUGAGUGUACAGCAUGGAUAUGUCCUGCAGGCAGGGCAUGCACAGCAGGGCAUGUCCUGGGGACCGGCCCUGGAGCUGGGGCUCAGCCAUAGCCCGUGGACUUGUGGCCAUGCUGGUGGCAGCCUGGCCUACUGGAGCAGGACCUCUGGAAGCAGUGGCCUGGGACUGGAGCGGGUCCCGGGAGAGAACCUGGAGCCACAGAAGGGUGGCAGCGCUGGGGCAGUGCCCCCAGCCCUGAAGUACCAGCAUCUGCCAGCCCCGCAGGCACCGAGGACAUGCAGCAUUGGGGGCUGCUAAGAGCAUCGCCCCAACCCCCUUGUCGCACAGCAGACUGAGCCUGGAGCCCAGGACUGUGACCCUCCCUCCUCAGCCCCUUCUCCUUCUCCUUCAUCUGUGCAGCUUCCUUCCUCCUCCGGGAGUUUUUAUACGUUUGUUUGGAAUAAAUAACAGAAAAGAGCCGGGUGCUGCUGCUGGCAGUGAGGGGAGCCUGGUGGGGUGUGCUGGGCGCGGGGGCCAUAGCAGCAGGCAUCAGCACUGCUGCCUGCUCCUCUGCUUCCUUAGGCUGCUGGGCACGGGGGACGGUGGGCUGGGGGUAAGGUGGGGGCCCUGCUCUAGUGGUCUCUUGGGGCCCCGCUGCUGGGGCGGUGCAGCCCCUGGGGGCCCGCAGUGGAGCAGAGGCUCUAGUCUCUCCGCCCAGUGCCGAGGCUGUGUACACUAGUUAGGUACUCGGCCGUGUUUGCAGAGGGCGUUGGACGGGAAAGGGCUGGGGCAGGCCAGCCUGGCAGCCAGGACCUGAACGCAGGGGCAGGGGGCGGGAUGCGAUGCCCAGGCCGGGCCGAGGGGCCGGGCCAGGUUGCUGUGCC